UUGUUGGGGUAUUUCACCUAACCUAUCAAUUAUUUGAGAGUGAUGAGAUCCUACAGACUGCGAUUUACAUUCACAACCCAAGCAAAAUUUGACUAGAAUCAACAACCCUCCACGUUUGCCAAAUUUUAUUAUUCGAUGACAUACGCAGGUAUCCAAAUGUUCAUGGAGAAGUUGAAGCAGCUCAUUAACUGCAACGACAAUCCGUUGAUCAACAACCCCUCAAUUAUACAUGAAAGACCACAAUUCCAACUUCUCUAUGAAGAACUUGGCUCCAUCAUCCAAACCCUUUUCAUCGAUGGACAACAAGACCUCGAAAAAGUUAAUGAUCUGAAGAAAAGAUUCACAGAUGCAGUAGAAGAGGCAUAUUAUAUCGUUGAUAUGUUUCUAUCUAGUGUUUACCACAUGAAUGAUGAACAUUUCCCUACAUCUGAGGGCUUUAUUCCCUCCCUAAAUCUUGAUGAUGUUAGGAGAUCACUCAAGUCUGCAUUCAUGAGUAUAAUAAUGAAUAACAUGAAGAUGGAUCCAUCUCGAAGCACUGAAAGAACACUAAAUCAGCCUGCUCCUACUGCUCAAAUUUUCAUCACCAGAAAUUCAUCAGGAUCAAAGAAAUUGUUGGAUGAAAUCGUAGUGGGGCUUGAUCGUGAUGCUGGACUGAUAAGAGACAAACUUGUGGAGGAUCAAAAGAAGCUAGAUGUUGUCUCUAUUGUUGGUAUGGGCGGAAUAGGCAAGACUACCCUCGCCACUAAAGUAUUUAAUGAUGGUUAUGUUAAGCAUCAUUUCUAUGUCCGUGUAUGGGUCACUGUCUCUCAAACAUAUUACAAGCGGGAUGUAUUGAUUCAAAUUCUGUUAUCCAUCGGUGUUAAACAAGACCUUGAAAUGGCUAGUGACUCUCAACUUCGUGAAUUGGUGCACAAACACCUAAUGGGUCGGAGGUAUUUGAUUGUCAUUGAUGAUAUUUGGAACACAGAAACAUGGGAUAACCUUAAAUUGUUUUUUCCCCACGAUAACAAAGGAAGUCGAAUUCUGCUCACCAGUCGCCUCACUGAAGUUGCUAAGCAUGCAAAUUCAGAUGGAUUCAUUCAUCACUUGGGAUAUUUGAGCAAAGAAAGAAGUUGGGAGCUGUUGUGUCAGAAGGUGUUCCAAGGCGAUGAAUUCCCCGAAUGGUCAAUUAAACAUGGAAUGCAAAUAGUUGAAAAUUGUCAAGGACUACCACUUGCAGUGGUCGUCAUUGCAGGAGUUUUAGCAAAAGAAGCAUGGAGUGAAAAGUUAUGGAUGGAAAUUGCUGAGAGGACCGGUUCGUACAUUGUUGGUGACCAGAAUGGAUGCCUGGAAACAUUGGCUUUAAGUUACAAUCAUCUUCCUCUUCACUUGAGAGAGUGCUUUCUGUAUCUUGGUGGCUUCCCAGAAGACUACGACUUUCAAGUACAAAGGUUGAUCUGGUUGUGGGUGGCCGAGGGAUUCAUUGAACAAGCUGGAGAUAGAAGGUUGGAGGAUAUUGCAGAGGGAUACUUGAUGGAUCUAAUUGAUAGAAAUCUUGUAAUUGUAGCAGGCAGGAGAAAGUCUAAUGGAGCUGUCAAAGCUUGUAAAGUGCAUGAUCUUGUUAGAGAGCUAUGCCUGAGACAAGCAAAGGAAGAACGAUUCAUCCUUGAAACAGAAAGGGUAGUAUCGUCCUCUCAGUUUUCUUUUGAUGUUACUACUCCACCAUAUAAGCCGGUCCGUAUGUUCAUAAGUAAAUACGUUCAAGACUUUCCUGAUUUUUCUGCUCAAAACCUUCAAUCGAUUUUGUGCUUUAGUGAUUUCAGAACCUUGAGUGAUGGCAUUGCCAAGUAUUUUCGUUCCUUUGUGCUACUUAGUGUGUUAGAUCUACAAAAAUGUAGAUUGAAUGGUUUUCCCCACGACAUGGAAUUGCUAGUUCACUUGAGGUACCUUGCAAUUUGGAAUUCAUCAGCAGGUUUCCCAGCUUCAAUAUGCAAUUUAUGGAACCUUCAAACCCUCAUUUAUAUUACAAGUUAUUUCCGAGUUGUUUUACCUAGUAACAUAUCCAAUUUGGUAAAUCUAAGGCAUUUGUGGAGUUAUCUUCAUUCUGAUAAAAAAAUAGUGGGAUUUCCAAUAAUGAAGAUGCCCUUUUUUCUUCCUACCAUUGUAAAACCAAUGAAAUUGCAAACUAUUUCAAAUGUGGUGUUGGGGGAUGGUGUAGAUGAUUUUCUAAAGUGUUUUCCCUACAUUAAGGAACUUACAUGUCCUAUGUAUGUGGAAGAGGACAAUGAUUUCGAAUCUCUCACCUACCUCGAAAAGCUCAAAUUAACUGGCUUGCGUAGAAGAAUGAAAUCAACUAUGCAUGAUAGUCCCAAAGGUGAUGGAAAGAAUCACAUUACAUUCCCAGCAACGUUGAAAACACUUAAACUGGUAGGGUGUCAUCUACCAUGGAGUGAUAUGUCAAUUAUUCAGUCGUUACCUAAUCUCCAGGUUUUAAAACUAAGAAACAAUGCCUUCAACGGAAGCUGCUGGAACACAGAUGAGCAGCAGUUUAGACAACUAAAAUCCUUGAGACUUGAGGGGUUAAAUAUUAAACUGUGGGAAGCCUAUAGUAAAAGUUUCCCGUGUCUCAAACAGUUAGAAAUUCUCCACUGCUACGAUCUUGAUGAGAUCUCCCUUGAAGUUGGGGACAUACCAACGCUUGAGAUGAUUAAGAUCAACAACUGUAGCAACUCUAUAGUUGAAUCUGUAAGAAGAAUUCAAGCGGAGCAACAUGAAUUCGGAAACUAUGGCCUACAGAUUGAAGUCAGUGGAUUCGACGAUUUUUCUUUAUAGAUAUAUUUGGUCUUAUUUUGUCAGUUAGUCAGUCUCUCAAGUACUUAUGAGUUUUACUAAAACCCUUUUGUUUUAUAUAUACCUAUCGAAUUUCAAAA